AUGUCAUAUCUUAAGGUCGAGGGCACUAAAAUCGUCGAUGGCGAUGGAAAGGAGAUUAUCCUGCGCGGCGCCGGGCUAGGCGGAUGGAUGCUGAUGGAGAAUUUCAUAACUGGUUAUCCUUCAGUCGAGUACCAGGUCCGAGACGCACUAGCAGAAGUCAUAGGCCGCCAAAAAUCAGAAUUCUUCUUCGAUAAGUUCCUCGAAUAUUUCUUCACCGAGCCGGACGCCCAGUUCUUCAAAUCCCUCUCCCUCAAUUGCAUCCGCAUUGCCAUCUCCUACCGGCAUUUUGAGGACGACAUGAACCCACGCGUCCUGAAGCCCGAAGGAUUCAAGCACCUCGACCGCGUUAUCUCGCUCUGCGCGAAGCAACAGAUCUACACCAUCAUCGACAUGCACAGUGCACCCGGCGGCCAGAACGGCGGCUGGCACUGCGACUCGGGGAUGCACCUCCCGACCUUCUGGACUCACAAGGAUUUCCAAGACAGGUUGAUCUGGCUAUGGGGUGAGGUAGCCAAGCACUACAGGGAUAACCCCUGGAUCGCCGGCUACAACCCACUGAAUGAGCCCUCCGACGAGAAGCACACCCGGCUGAUCGACUUUUACGACCGCGUUUACACCGCGAUACGCAAAGAGGACCCAAACCACAUCGUGUUCUUCGACGGGAACACGUACGCCAUCGACUUCUCGGCGUUCCCGGAGGACGCGAAGGACAGGUGGCCCAAUUCCGCGUAUGCGAUACACGACUAUGCGGUGUACGGGUUCCCGAAAGCACCGGAGCCGUACGAAGGGUCUGAAGUGCAGCGAGACAGUAUUAGGAAGACGUAUCAGCGGAAGCGCUCUUGGAUGGACGAGCGCGGCUUGUGUGUGUGGAAUGGGGAGUGGGGCCCAGUCUAUGCGAGGAAAGACUUUGAAGGCAAUGAAUGGGAGGAAAUCAAUGGUAGGCGGAUGAAAGUCCUGCGCUACCAGCUAGAGCUCUACAAGAAGGACCGAUUGAGCUGGUCUAUUUGGCUGUACAAGGAUAUAGGGUUCCAGGGCAUGGUGUUUGUCUCGCAAGACACGCCCUACAUGCGGUUAUUCGAGAAGUUCUUGCAGAAGAAAUGGCGGCUCGCCGUCGACGCAUGGGGUGCUGAUGACCGCCACGUCCGCCACCUAUACGAUCCCCUGGUGGAGCUGAUUGAAAAGGGCGUACCGAAUGAGAAGCAACGCAACUUGUACCCGCCCAUCUGGGGUCUGGAAGGGCGCGUCACGAGGCUGGCGCGCACCAUGCUUUUGGGAGAGUACCUGGUGAAGGAAUGGGCAGAGCAUUUCACGGGGAUGAGUGAGGAUGAACUGGACAAGCUCGCGCAGAGCUUCAAGUUCGAGAACUGCAUGAAGAGGGAAGGGCUGAAUAAGGAGUUGACAGAAAAUGCGGAGUAG